AUGAAUACAAAUUAUGACACUUUGGAUAUCUUGCCAUGCCAAACCUUAUAUGUAUACAAUCUCGAUGAUCAAAUACAUAUAGAUGUUUUGAAGAAACUAGUCUACGAAUUAUUUGUUCCAUAUGGAAUUAUAGUGGAUAUAGUAGCUAGAAAAACGAAGACGUUAAGAGGUCAAGCCUUUGUAAUAUUUAGUGAAAUAUCGAGUGCAACUGCAGCAUUAAAAGGAUUAAAUGGAAGGAAAAUUUUAAAUAAAGUUUUGAAGAUUGAAUACGCAAAAAAUCGAUCUUACAAAACACUCAAACCAUCUGAUUACUAUAAGAUGUCAAAAGCCAAUAGAGGGAAAUUUAAACCAAUAUCAGAUUUCCCAGAUGAGUUAAGAUCCAGCGGAACAGAUGAAUCUCAUUCAUUAUUUGUUCAAAAUAUACCUCAUGAUAUGAGUAGGGAGUCGCUGGAAUUGCUCUUCAAACAAUACCCCGGAUUUAGGGGCUGUAGAUUUAUAGAAGGACGAUUUGUAGCUUUUGUUGAUUAUUCAAUGGCCUCUCAAGCAGAGAUCGCAUUAGAGGGUUUGAAUGGAUUUAGAGUAUCUCAUACUCACGCCUUACAAAUCUCACUAGCUAAUUAA